AUGGAAUCACCCAUGAUUGCAGAGGAUAACCCCAUUCAAUCCAACAACCACGAUGCUACCGCUGUCAGUCCGAAUCCGUUGAGAUGUCCGCCCCCUCAAUAUCAGCCUUCAGUCGAGCUGAAUUAUCCCCUUGCGCCUCCGCUGGGUCAGAUUUCACCGGAGCGGCUGAACCAACAACGUAUCCCGCUGUCGCCGUCCCUGCACAGCUACCUUGCGGAGAAUGAUCGGCCACGCAACCGCGAUUCCAUGACAUCGGAUGUCCAGACUAAGAUCGCGCUCCUCAACAGUCUCGCUGCCAAUCCCGGUGCACAAGCUUCGCCGACAAGAGCGCCCAGAGGCGUUGGCGGAUUAGGACUGAACGGAAACUCAGCCGGUGGUGGAGGAGCUGUACUCGGCGGAAAUGGUGCGACGACCAAUGUUAACGACAACAGUGCCCUGCAACAAGCAGUGAUGGGAUAUGAAGAGGCGCAGGCCAGUUUGGCUUCCAUUACUGCAGAGUUGGAGCGGGCGCGAGAAGAACUGACCUCGCGAAAAAAAAGAGAGAGGUUGCUGUCACAACGAGUGGAGGACUUGCUGGAGGAGUUGCAGGCAGAAAAGCAGAAGAGAGCUCGCGACCAAGAAUCAUACUCCAAGGAAAUCAAGCGCUGUCGCAAGGAAGGUUACCGAGCAGAGCUGGCUGUGGUCGAAUCUAGACAAGAUCUGCAAGAGGUUAGGGCUGAGCUCAAGCGCUGCCAGGCCGAAGUUCAGCAUGAGAAAGCGGAGAAGGAGAAAAGCCGCCAGGAGAGUUUUGAGAGAGCAUAUGCCCUUGCCGGCACGGUUGGGGAGGUGGAUCAGCUCAAGGACCGUCUGAAGGCGAUCGAGCAGGAGAGGGAUGCUGCCCUGCUCGAGGCCAAGACAAUUGCGAUGGACAAACCUGCUAUUGUGAACAGUCGUGAAGCAACAGAGCCGGAAUUGAGCCAGAUGGAUGGGGCAACUUCUUGGGCUCCCUGGGAGGACGAUGGAAACGAGACUCCGUAUGAUCUGGACGAACCGACGCAGUCCAACAAACCCCUCCGCUUGCAUGCACCCGUCUUCCCCAGCUUCGAAUCAAUCAGGUUCCAUCUGGAUUACUUCGACAAGAAGGUGGAAGGGGUUCCUGUGACGCCACAAGAACAGAUACAGUUCCUAAAACAAGAAUUAGGGUGGGCACGGAGACAACACGCGGAAGACGCAGACAUGAUCCAUUUCAUGCAUAUGCAAUGUCAGUUCAAGGCUUGCCCGUGUCGGCUGGCAGAGAAGAAGGGCGAGCGCUUUAUCCAUGAUCAUGCAUACGAAGCGAGCUUGCAGCAGGAGAGAUCAUCUAAAAAGCGGAAGAUCUCGAUGGAGCCGGCCCAGACAGCGAUGCCAGCCCGAAACCCUGCAGAGGAACCGAAUAUGCAUUCAUUAGACAAGGGAGAUAGAUCUGCUGCAGACUCGCCCCAGCCCGAAACCGCGGAGAGACAGGGCGUCGAGCUACCUCCAGACCCAACACCUGAAGUGCUGGAAAGAGCACGAGAAGAGCUGCCAUUGCUUCUUGAGGAAGCCAGCGAAAUUCCUCUUCCUGAGGCACAGCCUAUGGAACUCGCUACAAGGGAUGAGACACCGGAGCCCACCGCUCAGUUGGAAGAAAUUACACAAGUUCUGGUCGAACCGGGGACAUCCUCGAAACCCUUCUCCUUUUCAACCUCCACAACAAGCAAUCCAGCUUUGAGAGCGACAACCCAAUCUCCUCGACACACGGAAACUGCAUCAGAAACUAUGGAACAAGAACUAUUCGACCUCUCACCCCCGAAACACGCCCCUCCUCGACGCCCCUCCACUGCUAUGGGCAUAUUGGCUGUUGACUCUCCCAUUCGUUUGGUUCCAGAUUCGCCUCGUUCUGUUCGGGCGUCCCGUCGAGACCAUCAUAAUGAUACACAGUCGAUGACCACAACUACGAAGGUAGCCUUGAAAGGCAGUCCUUCUCGGGAGAGUCAGCACAGACGAGCACAAUCUCGCCCAAUCCUACCAAGUCCUUCACCACUAGUGUCGUCAGUCAUGUCUCACGUUGAGGACGAGGGAAGAUUCACAAAAGAAACAUCUGCCUCUCCCGCACCUAAUACAUUGUUUCCUGUGACACCACUCCACAAACACUCGAGAUCGAUGCACAACUUCACACAUGGCCAUCAGUCUCUGCAACAGACUCAGCCGAACAACGAGAGUCGUAGCUGGAAUCAGAGUCCACCGCAAACCAUUGCAACCACCACCACCACAAUAAGAGUUCCCUUGAGAGGGUUCGAGGAUGCAGACGAGCCGUCGAGUCCUGAACGCGAUGGCAUUCUCAACACACACAGAUACGGCUACGAGCACGCCCACACCGAAGUCUUGAAUGUGAACAUGGACAUGAGCACGAUGACCAUAGACCACAGCUUCACAAACCCCAUUCGCCCAUUGCAGAACUCCUCCACGUCCAUACUCGGCAAUAUCCCCGGCACGCCUAUCUCGCGAGAAGCGGCCUUGGCCCAGAUCCGGGCACGACGGGAUCGUGCGCGAAGCAUCAAUCUGAAACGGUCUACGGAUGGCAACAGCAAUGGCACUGGUAACUUGGGGAAGGGUGCAAUGAAGAGCCCGACCAAGCCUAAGGCCAUGAAUGCUUUAGUGAUGGGCGGGCUGUUUGCUAGAGACAAGGAAAACGCGUACGGGAAGAGAGAGAUCAGCCAGGCGAGCGCGCCGGGCCGGUUCGCCGGUUGA